CUCCCUUUAGACCCUAGCUGCGUUCCCGGCGCCUCCUCGGAGUUAUCGCCAGCAGCUGCAGGAGGAGAAAAGUUCAGGGCGAUCGCUCGAAAAUCGCCCAUCCCCGCCAUGGGUCUGGACACGGAGCGCUUUGUAGAGCCGGUGGAUCCUGAGCUGAGGUGCAAGCUGUGUGGGCAAGUGCUGGACGAGCCUCUGUCUGCUCCGUGCGGCCACGUCUUCUGCGCCAGCUGCCUGCUGCCCUGGGCGGUGCAACGGCGGAGCUGCCCCCUGCGUUGCCAGCCCAUCUGCCUCCAGGAGCUGCACCGGGUACUGCCGCUGAGGAACCUCGUGCAGCGCCUGUCCGUCAAGUGCGACUACAGCGCGCAGGGCUGCCGAAGGCACGUGCUCCUCCGCCAGCUGGUGGCGCACGUCGAGCAUUGCGCCUUCAACCCGGCCAGGUGCCGCCGACACCGCCAGGAGAGGGGCUGCGUGGAGGGGCUCAACUUGGAGCUGCACAUGCGCGACAGCGGCAUUCAGGAGGGCUGCGUGUUGGCAGUGGCGCGAAGAAAGCAGCAGCAGCAGCCUGGUGGCGGUGAGGCAAACGGCAAGGAGGAUACAGCCAGUUCCUGCGCGUUGGGCACCCGGCGAAGCCAAUCGGCCGGUCAGAAGCAGGAGCUAAAGAGGCGAGCCCUUUGGUGGCGCCAGGGGGAGAAGGCGCUGUGGAGCCAGCUGAGGGCGCUGCAGAGCGAGGUGCAACUGACGACGCUCAAGUACCAGUACAAGUUGCGCCAGUACGUGAGCCACCUUGGAACCAUCCCCAGGGACCCAGGGAGCGGGCCGCGCAGUAAGGUAGGGUUGCCAUCUGCAAAAGGGAUUUAUGUGUCCAGAAUCCUGGUAAAUGGACCUGCUGAUGUAACAGGUGGUCUGCAAAUUAAUAACAAGAUCAUACAGGUUAAUGGAAGAGAUCUCUCCAAAGCUACUCAUGAGGAGGCAGUGGAGGCUUUUCGUAAUGCGAAGGAACCCAUUGUAGUCCAAGUUCUACGGAGAGCACCCCUAAUUAAAGUACAUGGAAGCUCACAGGAUGUUCAGCUCAUAGAUGCUAGCACGCAGACAGAUAUUACCUUUGAGCAUAUUAUGGCUCUGGCCAAGCUAAGGCCAACCACACCUCCAGUACCUGACAUAUGUCCUUUCCUGCUUUCAGACAGCUGCCAUUCUCUUCAUCCAGUGGAACAUGAAUUUUAUGAAGGUAAUGAGUAUCUUUCCAGCCUGCCCACUGAUGCAGACAGAACUGAAGAUUUUGAGUGUGAGGAGGUUGAACUCUGUCGUGUUAGCAACCAAGAAAAACUGGGGUUGACUGUCUGUUAUCGCACAGAUGAUGAGGAAGACACAGGAAUCUAUAUCAGUGAGAUUGAUCCAAACAGUAUUGCUGCCCAAGAUGGACGGAUCCAUGAAGGAGAUCGGAUUUUACAAAUAAAUGGCCAAGAUGUUCAAAACAGAGAGGAGGCAGUGGCAUUGCUCUCCAGUGAUGAAUGCAAGAAAAUUGUGUUGCUGGUAGCAAGACCAGAAAUGCAGCUGGAAGAAGGAUGGCUGGAUGAUGAAAGGAAUGAAUUCUUAGAGGAGUUAAACUUAGAUAUGUUGGAAGAACAGCAUAAUGAAGCAGAGCAGUACACAGGCAAUGAAGUGGAACAGCCAAAGAAACAUGAGGAAGAAGAUGGCACCACAGACACUGCUACCUCAUCAUCCAAUAACAAUGAAAAAGACAGUGGAGUGGGACCCACUGAUGAGAGUCAGCGGAAUGAUGAAAGCUCAGAACAAGAGAAUGCUCCAGAACAGCAAAAUACCACAACCCUGCAGAGCCAACAGGAGCUUGGACAGAGUCAGGACACUUUGGGAAGCAUCGAACUUCAGUGCAAAGAGAGCCUAGUGUCUGGGGAAUACAUUGAAUCAAAUGGUGUUGGCAACCAGAAGGAGGACUGUGAAAGGUUUCGCCAACUGCUGGAGCUUAAGUGCAAGAUCAGAAAUCAUGGAGAGUAUGACUUGUAUUACUCAAGUAGUAAAAUAGAGUGUAACAGAAGACAAAAAGAUGGGAUUGAGCAUGAAUUGCAGUUGCUUAAUGAGGAACUGAGGAACAUUGAACUGGAAUGUCAGAACAUUAUGAAAGCUCACCAGCUUCAAAAAGUAAAAGAUCAGUAUGGAGACAUUUGGUCACUUCACAGUGGUACAUUCAGGAGUUUUAAUACCAGCAUAGAUCUUCAAGGUGGAAAACUGGAUGACAUUAUAGAGCACCCAGAAAAAUCCGACAAAGACACUUCCAGUGCUUACAAUACAGCAGAGAGCUGCAGAAGCACUCCACUAAAUGUAGAUCGAUCUCCUGAUAGUUCUCUCCAAAGAAUGAUCAGCAUUACCAACAGGAAAAAUCUGAGGAGUACCAUUGUGGCUAGCCAGUUGUCUUCAAGACAGAGUAGCAGGGAUACAACUCCAAAAAAAACCAAAGCUACUGAGCAAAAUAGUUCUCUGGAAGAAAAGGAAACCGUUUCAGAAAGCAGCAAAUCAACAGAGCAAGAAAGGCAAAGCCCUGAGCAUAUUCCUUAUCUGUCCCCAUACAAUAGCUCUUCAUACAGGUAUGGGAACAUACCUGCACACGCUAAACAUUAUCAAAGCUAUAUGCAGCUGAUUCAACAAAAAUCUGCAGUGGAGUAUGCCCAGAGCCAACUUAGCUUAGUUAAUAUGUGCAAAGAUUCACAGAAGUGUACAGAGCCCAAGAUGGAAUGGAAAGUGAAAAUAAGGAGUGAUGGGACAAGGUAUAUUACAAAAAGACCAGUAAGAGACAGAAUCCUUAAGGAGCGUGCCUUAAAAAUUAAAGAGGAACGUAGUGGGAUGACAACAGAUGACGAUACAAUGAGUGAAAUGAAGAUGGGUCGUUAUUGGAGCAAAGAGGAACGGAAGCAGCACCUAGUGCGAGCCAAGGAGCAGAGAAGGCGCCGGGAAUUCAUGAUGCGUAGCAGAUUAGAGUGUCUUAAGGAAAGCCCUCAAAGUGGCAGUGAGAGCAAAAAGGAAAUUAAUAUUAUUGAACUCAGUCACAAAAAGAUGAUGAAAAAAAGGAAUAAGAAAAUAUUGGACAACUGGAUGACCAUACAGGAGCUUAUGACACAUGGUGCUAAAUCUCCAGAUGACACAAGAGUGCACAAUGCUUUUUUAUCAGUUACUACUGUAUGAAAUCACCUGUUUGGGGGGGAAAGUCUACUACCAGUUUUGGUAGAGUACGAUUGCCUCGUUCAAAGUGGCAUUUUUAUAUAUAUUAGUGACUAUUUAUAGUUUGAUCUUUUUUGUAAGCAAAUUACUUGGUAAUUUUGCAUUUGUUUUUCAUACAAUAGUAUUUUCUUUAACUGGUAUUUUUGCAGCCUUUCUUUACUCUGCAAUAUAAUACUCCUUUCUAUUUAAGAAAAAUCUGAAAAGGGAAGAACUAAUUACUUUCGUAACCAAUUUUAUGUAUUAGAAGUUAAGAACUGGGUCUUUUCCUCUUGUUUUCUUUUUUAAUACUUAACUAAAACUCCAAGGCCAAAACAAAACUGCUUUAUACUGUCUUCUUGCUUAUUGGCAGUUUAAUUUUUUAACAUGGCAGAUUCUUUGUCCAUAAAUCACAUACCUCAUCUCCUUAUGAGGCUUAAGAAUGACAUUUUGCCCAAUAGCAUACUGUACAGUUCAUUUAAUUUUAAACUUGCAAUUGUCUUAGUCCAAGUAAAGUUUAGGUGAGCAAUUCUCCUGUGAUAUGUAAUGGCAUUGGUUGUGUGACGAGAUAUUCUGUGGUAAUUGUGAAGACUGAAGAGAAAUAAAUUAUUUCUUAUCUUUAAGACCAAA